CAUUUUUCUCCCUCAACAAAGCUACGCACACUCACUACCUUCUCUCUCUGCCUAUACAUACACACUAUAUGUACACAUUCACUCUCCCAUUUCUUCGUCUCCAAGUUCGCUCCGCUCCAUAUAAACCCUAGACAGCCCAACACUCCCUGUUCCGCUACAUCGUCAACUCGGAUUUUUUGCUUGACGCUGGUGAAAUUUCGUAAUCAAGGGGCUCUAAUUCUGGUAAAUUUGAGUAAUUUUUAACAAGAGGAUUUUUAUUGUUUAAGAAUAGAAGUUUAGGCGGUCAAGAUCUCAUGAGAAUUGUUAGGGGAAUGCAGAAAUUGAUUUGCGAGGAUCAGAGCUUAGUGGGCUGGAAAAACAAAUCAUUCAGCCAAGGAAUUGGUGUGACUGCUCCUAAGGUCAGAACCCGCGGUAAAUUGAAACCUACAGUUUUGUACCUGUAAUCUUGGACGAGAGAGAGAGAGAGAUAUAAUUAAGGUAACUGCACAUUGGUAUUGAAUUUGAAGGAGAGUGGGAAUAAUGACUCGAAUUUUAGUCCAACGUGGUUCUACUGGGUCAUCAUCAUCAUCAUCAUCAUCAUCAAAUCAAAACAGGUCAUCGUCUGUAGUGGUACCCAAUCCUUCGUCUUCAGUAACUUCGCCACUGCCACAGGUUACUAGUAAUGCACAGGUUGUUCCAUCAAUCAGAGAUGAUAAUUUGGGGGAAGCUCAAGAACAAAAUGUCGUGGAUGAGUCAUUAGAGAAUCCUGGUUUUUUAAAUAGCAAAAGUAAGGAAGCAAGAAGUGAGGAUCUUUCACCAGAAAAGUUAAACAAUGAUCAGAAUGACAAUAGCGAAAAAGAUGUGAGCAGUGAGAAGGUUCAUGGUGACGAUAUUGUGGCUGCUGGAGACUUGGUAAAAGGGUUUGGUGGGUUGUCAGUCGUGGAGGAGGAAAGUGAUGCAACUGUUGGAAGCUCCUUCCAGAUGGUUAAUGUCAGUUCUUAUCCACCACCCCCACCUGUGCCACCACCAAAACCUUCUUCAAUGAACAAAAAGUCUUGGAGAGGUUCAUCGGGUGGUUCAAAUGCUGUACGAAUUGGACCAUCUAGGAGAGCUACAGGAUGGCCUGGUGUAUCAACUAGAUCAUCACCAACAGGGUCUAUGCCAUCUUCUCCACGGUCUCAUUGUGAAAAUGAAGGUUAUAACAGUGCUGAUGAGCAGGGCCCUUGCUAUAGCUCCUCUUAUGAUGAUGCUAGAGAGCACCAGUUUGAGAUCGAUUUAAGACGGGUUAAAGGCUUGGAAGUGAGGAAAAUGUUAGAUGAUGGGAACUGCCUCUUCCGUGCUGUUGCAUAUCAAGUAUAUGGUGACUCUGAACAGUAUGAUUUGGUUAGGCAGAUGUGCAUUGACUACAUGGAGCGAGAAAGAGAUCACUUCUCUCAAUUUAUAACAGAAGGUUUCACUACCUAUUGUAAGAGGAAGAGAAGAGAUAAGGUUUACGGUAACAAUGUUGAGAUCCAAGCUCUAUCUGAAAUGUACAACAGGCCAAUCCACAUAUAUUCUUACAGCACAGAACCCAUUAACACAUUCCAUGGAAGCUAUAAUACAGACUCGCCUCCAAUACGGCUAAGUUACCAUCAUGGAAAUCAUUAUAACUCUCUAGUUGAUCCUCGUCGACUUACCAUUGGUGCUGGACUGGGGUUUAGCUCUCUGCAGGGGACAAAUGUUGAUAAGGAUCAGAUCAAAGCAGCUAUCAGAGCUCAACAAGAUCAACAGAUUGAUAAUGCACUUCUAGCUGAGGGGCGGUUCUACUCGGAUCUUGAGCUAACUGAAAAGGAAAUUGAGCGCAUGGUGAUGGAAGCUUCAAGGGCAGAAUAUCUUGCCGAUGGCUCGUUCAAGCAACAGCUUGGUCAUUCGUCUGCUUCUGGUGCUGAACCAUCUUCUUCUGCAGCCAGGUCAUCGGGCAGUGAUACGAGGGAGGAGGGAGGGUACGAGAGUGGCUUGCCCGGUACAGUUCUGAGUGGCAGCAUGCAGAGUAUGUUGUCUAUGGGGUUCAGCUAUUUGCAAGUGAUCGAGGCUUACAGCAUUUUUGGGGAUGACGUGGAUUCAAUGGUUUGUUAUUUGGUAGAAACGAGCAGUAGCAGCAGACGUAAAGGAAAGGCAACCGAAUGAUGAAAUCUCGAACCCUUAUGAACGUUUCAAAUUUUAUUUGCUUAUUUUUACUAAUAGUUUGUAGAACUCUGGACAUGCCAUCCUAUUCUAUAGGAAUAUUACAAUAAAAUCAGUGUCUGAGUUUACAGGUGCAUGUUGCUUUGUGUAUUGCUAUUUGUGAGUAUCAGUGAUUGGCAUUUGAUGCUCUUCAUAUAUAUAUAAAUAGGAGGUUUCUGUGC